AGGAGGAGUGAGGAGGGACACUUCAGCUCCCGGCUCCUCAACGUGGAUUUGAAACGAACCGUCUCGCGGAACUUCAGCUUCUCCAGAGGGGGAAACAAGUGUCCGAUCCCCGCUGAGCCCGGAUCCCUCUGUUCCCCCCCUGCUGGUCCCGGGUCAUGCCGCUGAAGCUCCCCGAGGAGGAGGGCUCUCUCUCCGGCGUGGAGGGAGAGGAGAGCGCGGAGGAAGAGGAGGAUUAGUGAGGAUUUUUUUUUUAAAACCAAAGAAAAAGAAGAAGAAGAAGAAGAAGAAGAAGAAGGGGAAUGAGAUAAAAACCACAGACGACCACGGACAUGAGUCUCCCGACGAGCUGCGUGUACCCGCCCCCCGCGGUGCAGGACCGCUGCUUCACGGCGCGGAACGGGAGUUUCUGCGGGUCUCCGUGCGCCGUCAACCGGCCCAUCGACAUCGUGCAGAAGCGCAGGCGUUUUGACGUGGAGAAUGGCCUCUCGGUGGGUCGCAGUCCUCUGGACCCUCAGACGAGCCCGGGUUCUGGUCUGGUUCUUCAGGCCAACUUCCCCCACAGCCAGCGGCGCGAGUCCUUCCUCUACCGCUCCGACUCCGACUUCGACCUCUCGCCCAAAAAUAUGUCCCGCAACUCGUCCACCGCCAGCGACCUGCACGGAGAAGACAUGAUAGUGACUCCAUUUGCUCAGGUUCUCGCCAGUCUGCGAACAGUGCGAAGUAACUUUGCGGCUCUGACACAUCUGCAAGAUCGUGUGGCAAACAAGCGGCCAUCAAGCAGCAACCAGCCGUCCAUGUGUAAACCAUGUCUCGGAGAGGAGCCUCACCAGAAGCUGGCGGUGGAGACACUGGAGGAGCUGGACUGGUGUUUGGACCAACUGGAGACGCUGCAGACCAGAGACUCUGUCAGCGAGAUGGCCUCCAACAAGUUUAAGAGGAUGCUGAACCGCGAGCUGACGCAGCUUUCAGAAACAAGCCGCUCGGGGAAUCAGGUGUCAGAGUUCAUCGCCAGCACUUUCCUCGAGAAACAACAUGACGUGGAGAUCCUGUCUCCACCUUCUAAGGAGAAAGAGAAGAAGAAGAGGCCGAUGUCACAGAUCAGCGGAGUGAGAAAGCCCACACAGAGUCCCGGCUUAGCCCCCCCCGCCUGCAUCCCUCGCUUUGGAGUCAGCGCACCGCACGAGAGUCUGCUGGCCAAGGAGAUCGAAGACAUCAAUCUUUGGGGUAUGGAUGUUUUCAAGAUAGCAGAAUAUUCCGGGAACCGGGCUUUGACGGUGAUCAUGCACUCCAUCUUCCAGGAGAGAGAUCUUUUCAAAACCUUUAAGAUCCCGGUCGACGCCUUCAUCACCUUCAUGAUGACCCUGGAGGACCACUACCACUCUGACGUAGCUUAUCACAACAACAUCCAUGCAGCUGACGUGGUGCAGUCCACACACGUGCUCCUGUCCACCCCCGCUCUAGAGGCCGUGUUCACAGACCUGGAGAUCAUGGCCGCUCUGUUUGCAAGUGCCAUCCAUGACGUCGACCACCCGGGAGUCACCAACCAGUUCCUAAUAAACACCAGUUCGGAGUUGGCGGUGAUGUACAACGAUGCGUCGGUGCUGGAGAACCACCACCUCGCCGUGGGCUUCAAACUGCUCCAAGAGGACAACUGUGACAUCUUCCAAAACCUCAGCAAGAAACUGAAGGAGUCCCUCCGCAAGAUGGUGAUCGACAUGGUGCUGGCCACUGAUAUGUCCAAACACAUGAACUUCUUGGCGGACAUGAAGACGAUGGUGGAAACCAAGAAGGUGACGAGUCUGGGAGUCCUGCUGCUCGACAACUACUCUGACCGCAUUCAGGUUCUGCAGAACAUGGUCCACUGUGCCGACCUGAGCAACCCAACCAAACCGCUGGAGCUGUACCGGCAGUGGACGGACCGCAUCAUGGUGGAGUUCUUCACCCAGGGAGACCGCGAGCGGGACAAGGGUAUGGAGAUCAGUCCCAUGUGUGACAAACACAACGCCUCCAUAGAGAAGAGUCAGGUGGGAUUCAUCGACUACAUCGUACACCCUCUGUGGGAGACCUGGGCUGACCUGGUGCAUCCUGAUGCCCAGGACAUCCUGGACACUCUGGAGGACAACAGGGAAUGGUACCAGAGCAUGAUCCCCCACAGCCCAUCGCCCUCCAGCCCAGAGGAGCACCGCCUGGAGGCGGAGCUCGGAGGAGGACCGCUGGGAGCAGGAGGAUCUGUCCCUUCAGGAGGAGGAGGAGGAGGUGGGGACAAGUUCCAGUUUGAACUCACUCUGGAGGAGGAGGAGGAGGAUGACGUGGAGUCAGAUCUGGAUAGCCCCCUAGAGGACGAGUCCCAGUCGGGCGGGGAGCGGCACCUGGACUCCUCCCCUUCCCUUUCUCCAGACCCCCACAGCAGCAGCAGCAGGUACCGCCCCCCGUCGCCUCACCCGCCCCGAACCCUGAGUCUGGCUGCCUUGUCGGUGCGGAGCCCCCAUCUCCACAUGAACCUGUCCUCCCCAGGGAGGGGGGGCACCGACAGGGACACAGAACUGAGCCAGGAGGGCGACGGGGUGUCGUGCCUGCGUAUCGGAACGUAACAACCAGCACAACCUGCCCGGCCUGAGAGACAGGAGAUGUAGGGAGGAGGAGGCAGGGCAGGCCUUUACCAAUAAAGUCUGUAAAAUCACCACAGUCCCUUUACACUGGAGACACUCUCUCUGGACAACAGAGGGACGUUCACCCUCUGUUUGAUUUCAUUUUUCAUCAAAGAAGAAUCGUUUUAGCCUCUCUUUGGAUGCCCGAUAGGCCUUUGUGUCCCGUCCUGCGUCGCUGUAGCUUCGGUUCCGAGCGUCCCAGACAAAGACUGCCGCAGUUUCACUGGGAAGAAGAACGGAGCUGGGGUGCGAUGCUCCGACAGCUACAUAAAUGAAAGGAAAUGUCUUCCUCCAAAAGAACUGUUUGUGAACAGCAGCGAAUGAGGAUCACGGUGGAUCGAACAGGGUCUUGGAAAUAAUUUUUGCACCAUAGUUUUUAGUUAAUGAAAUUAUUGAAUCCGUUUGGAAUAAGUGAGUAUGAUUUCUGUGUUGCGAGAAUGAUGUGAGCGAUAAAUAAUUUUACCAAAUACAGGAUGAAGGUGAGCAGCGAGACAAAUCGAUGGACCUAAACCUCAGGGUAUGAAGAGAAACUAAAAAUCGAAUGUAGCACGGAUGUAGUGAGUACUCCUGACCUGACCCCCGACCCAGACCUUCAGUUUGAUUUACCUCCAAACUAGAGUCUUGGUUUAACCUUCUAGAUUUUUAUUAAAACCCUUUAAUAGUCAAUUUGGCACAUGAAGCAAUUCAAAAACCAACUUGUAGCACCACAGAGAUUGAAACCUGAAGAGGACUGAACCAGUCUCACGGGUUCGAAAUACAGAAGACACCACCUGUAUAAUUUGUUUUAAGCUAUUUUUUAUUUUUUUUUAGCCUGAGAUGAUGUUAAAUGGUGUCAUUGUUUAAGGUUCUGAUUUCGGGACAGUUCUCUGUUGUACGUUUGCUGGUCUCGUCUGUGUUAAUGUGCUUCAAAAGCAUUUUUUAAUCACGGUGCCUCCGGUCCGCAGUAGCACUUUACCAUCUCUGCUGUCCAGCUCUUCUAUCCAGUCACACAAAGGGCUUCUCCCACUGUAGCCUCACGCCAACAGGACAGGAGCACGAUCUGAAGCAGGGCAGGAAAGUAACUGAACCACCGUCUCAACAGAAAAUCCUCAAGCACAGGGAAAAUUUCCUCUCUGAUAACAUUUUAGGCAAAUUACCCUACACUAACUGAAUAAAUAUAUAUUUUCAUUCACAAACUCCUAGUCGUUAUCCAGAUCGGCACCAAAUUUCAUCUGAUUAUGGAGAUCAGCACUGUACACGUGCCUGAUUAUUUUCAUAUUUGUUGAAUGCAAACACAGAUGAAAACAUAACCUGGGGGAGGAGAUGAAAACCAUGUGACGACAGCAGCAGCCAGUGUCGGUUGAUUUGGCCUCGUUGUGAUUGGUUUAUCGCCCACAAAUGAAUAAUAUAUAAUCUACAGACGGGAACUCAGAGUCCUAAGCAGAGGUGUUCAGUUUAAUUGAAUCUGAUUCAGUUAUUCGGAGAAGAAACUUUAAAUGAAACUUAAACAAAGUAUUUAUUAAACCUUUGAAGUAAAGCUUAAGGGUUUCUAUGAUUUCAUGUAACAAUUCCAAUCGCUGAUAUUUAAAAUAUAUGGGGACGUGUUGGCAAGUUCCACUCCCGUCACAAUUAUCUUGUCGUUGGAGUUGUACAGAAAUUUAGUGUUGUGCUGAAGUCUGAAGACUGAUAAGUGAAACAUGUUUUUUGCGGGGACAGAGAUUUCCUGACAUUUAGUCACAUAACAAUGGAUCCUACAUUAAUGACCAAGCAACUCAAUAGUGCCUUUCAUUAGAUCUUCCCUCUGCUCUGAUUUGUUUUAAAGUCGGUACUGCAGGGUUUUUAUUAUCAAUCUUUAAUCUCAAACCCCUUCAGAGCCACGUUUGACGUUACACAACAGUUUCCCCGGGUUGUAGUCAAAUAAGCUGACCUAUAUCUAAAAUUAGUGGAGUGUCUUUUCAAAUCAAUGGCUCUCCUUUUCCCCCAUGAAUCAGUACAGAUCUUAAAAAAAACCCAAAUCACAGUGGUGUUACUUUCCUGCCCUGCCGACGGGAACUGCUGCAGAGAUCACAAGGAGCAGCACAGUUUCAUAAGUUCCUGAGAGACACGAAUCGCCUGUAGUUCCAAGUAGACCGACUGUGUUCCAUCAGGCUUCCAGUGUAUUUGGUCAUUAGUGCUCGACUGGGAUCAACUGUGUGCCAUAAGUGUUGAAAACACACAAACACCUGCCAGCCUACGAUUCUGUGCAUUUUUACACUAGAGAUUUUAACCUGAUGAUUGUAUCAAAGUCAUUGACUUUAUAAGUGUUAGUUUUUACCAAUGAUAGAUGUCAACAGUAUUUAAAGCAGAGAAUUUACUAGAUUUUGUGCAGCCUAGGAUCAGUCUGUUCAGCCCUUUCCUAAUCGCAAAGCUGGGACUUGAGAAUGUGCGUAGAUUCAGGAGUUUCACAACUCUUUCUGUACCAAGUACAUGUUUCAGUCUAGAUGAGCGGUCGACGCCGUCACUGAGGUAGAAAGGCCAGGGAGUGAACAAGCACUACACAGGAUAUGAGGCACUCCCUGGUCCGGCAGUAGUAAAAAAAACACUAGUCAAUCAGUAUUUCAUUAAUUCAGCAAGUAAGCUUCAUUCAUAAGCCUUACAUGUGACAGGAGAGGAUGGAACCUGGUGUUUAAAGACCACGCUGCUGUUUUUAACAUGCUGAGCCUCAGAACGCCACUUCACUCACUGUUCUUCUCUCUCUGUUUCCUUCACGGUUCUGGAGACUUGAAAUGAACAAGAUACUUUCUUAUUUCUAGGCCUAAAAGUGUCAGAAUACACGUAUACAUAAUAUGUAAACACUUUGUAUUUCUAAGCGUUCAGCAUAGAAUUUAACUUUAUUUGGCAAAAAAUUAACCAUAGAUGCCUGUGUGCUACGAGAAUACCAUGUAAACGUCAGCAGCUAGGUCAUCGCUGACUUUCUCUCUAGUGCCAUCAACUGGACAAAGUUUAUACUGUCCCAGAAAUGUCCGAAUGUUGUGGCCAUUAGAGACAUGGCCAUUUCCUCUGCCUGACUGGAAACAUUUAAUUUCUAUCUGAACUACAGGUAAUGCUCCAAAACAAAACAAAAAAAAGAAGCAACUUCACAUUGCAGCCUAGUAAACUUUUAAUCUGUCUAAAGAAAUCUAUCCAUUUGACACACCAGCGAUACCAAAUGUGUUUUAAUAUUUCAUUGUGUCCAGUGGAAACUUCUUGUACUAUUUGGCUAUGUGUCAAUAUUUGACAAGAUAAGAAUCAGUAACUUGAAACUAAAAACCUAAAUUGAACUUAACAAAAUAUAUGUAUUACAAACAGUCUCUGCACAAUCAGCAACAGCAUCUGUGGCUGGACAGAAAAGUCGUUUGAGGGAAUCUAUUUGAUAUGAACAGACACUUUCCAUCAUGUGGGAUGUUUGUGAAACUGAAACAGAUUUUCAUUUAGCCGAACGAGUGGGCGGCUGAUCUGAGGCGUUUCAUCAGCGUGUUGAAUUCAGCACCGUGGCUCUUUCCAGGACGAAGUCAGUGCCACACAGUGUUAAAUGUGUUGAUGGGCCUCCCUUGCUCCAUUUUCCCUGUCGCACUGAUGCUUCCGAUGUUUAUGUUCAUGCUGUCUCGUUUUCUCAGCCUGUGUCGUGCAAACUUCUAUAAAAGAUAUUUAUUCUUCAAAACAUUUAUGUCGAGACAAAGUACUGUAACAUAAGACGUUUGAUUUUAUGUUCUGGAGCCUGAUAAUCAAGUAUACUUUACAAGUAUGUAUACAUCUGCCACUCCAAUGUUUUGUCAAAAGAAAAAUGAAUAUAUUUUUGUUUCUCAUUUUUAGCCGAAAGAGUCUCGGGAGUUCAGGGUGUUUCAAGUGGAAAAUGCCAAUAAAUUAUAUGGAAAUUUA